AUGGAAGAGCGUAAAAGACCCUCUCCUUAUGAUUCUGUAGAAUCCGCUCCACCGCUGAAGAAGCAAGCCACUUCUGCAAAUGGCGCAUCGAAAUCUCACAAGGACGAUGACAUGCCCUGGAAGGACGAUCUGGAAAGAUUUCAGAAAGAUGCGAUAUGGCGGCAGAUGCAGGAAUAUAAAAGAGAGAAAAACACCCUGGAGGCUCAAUUGAAAGAGAUGCGAAAAAAGGCCCGAUAUCAUGACGACCAUCUCCGGGUCAUUGAUGCUUGGUUCCAACAAGUUGUCGAUGAGGUCAAAGUCAUCGCCAAGGUGGAUGACGAUGUCGAUAUGGACUCAGGGCCCUUGCCAUCGGCGCUACUUUUUUCAGAUCAAGAACAAUUUGAAGAGCACCUUCGCAAUCGCUCAAGGCAGAUACAAGAUGUGAUAUCAAGAUUGUUCGGUUCCACAAAGCCGGCAUCGCCUGAUGUAACAGACUUGCAAUCACAGGUCGCAAAGCUGUUGGCUGCCGAAAAAAGUCAUCUGGUCGAGUUACAGCGUCUGCAGUCAGAGAAAGAUGAUCUUGAUCACCAACUAGAAAACGCCUCUCUCAGAUAUAUGACGGCCGAACGCAAGAUUGACAGGGCAAAAAGUGUAACGGUCGCCAAAUUGGAGAAACAGGCUUUAUUAGGCGCAAUUAAGCCCGCAGCAGAGGAUGGUGGCCCAGUUAAGAGAGAAGAAAGCACGCUCAAUGGGACAACAGACAAUUCUGAAGAGCUGGCGGAGCUGGAAAAGGAGUUGAACAAGACUGUCGCAGCCUCGGAAAAGCAAAAAGAGCAGCUGGACAGGUUGGAGGAAGAAAAUGCAAAGCUGACCGCACAGCUGACGGAGCUCCAAACAAAAUCAGCGACUCUGACGGAUGAUGACUAUGCUAAAACCGAGUUAUUCAAGCAACUGAAAUCGCAACUUGAGGAUACCAUCAAGAAAGUCAAUAAUCUGGAAGCCACCAACACCGACCUCAAGGAAGAAGCUACUAAGUUGCGAUCGGAAAGGACAACAUACCAACUUCAGUUAGAAAACGAGCAACGAGUGGCUAUAGCAGAAAAGGAAUCUCUUUUGGCGGCGUCAGAGACCAAUCUGGCCAGGAUCCGGCACAGCAGGGAUGAGUUACUGGCAGACCAAGCCGUUAAGCAAGCUUCUUUGGAUCAGAACCAAGAGGCUGUGAAAAAGAUUACUGAACUGGCUUCUGCACAAGAAGACCGUAUUCGGGCACUGGAGUCCGAAAAUGAGCGGCUAACAACUCAAACAAGCGAGAUGGCGGUGGAGAGCGCAGAGCUGGAUGCUUUGAAUGUGGAAGAUUUGCGGGCCAGGUACCACGAACUCGACAGGAAGUAUAAUCUCCUCAAUGGUGAGCUCGUGUCCAUGUCAACAGCAUUCCAAAAGACUUCAAAGAUCGCGAGUCAAAAAGUCUCAGAGUUUGCUGCCAUGGAGGAGAAAGUCUUGAAGCUAUCAAUGGACAAGACCAAAGCGGACCAGAAAUUCUUUGCCGCAAUGAAAAGCAAGGAAACCCAGGCCGGUGAGAUCAGGACGUUGCGACUGCAAAACGCCAAAUCGGCAGAAGCGAUCGCAGCGCUGAAAGAAGCUGAAGCCGCCACGCGAGCAUUGUUAGCAACGGCAGACAAGCAACUUUCCGAACUGAAGGAUGCCCUCGCCCACAAGACCAACGAAUAUCGAACCAUCCAACAACAGAACAUCACCCAAGGACUCGAAAUCUCCAGAUUAAACACCCAAAUAACUGAGCUCAAAACCCAAGCUACUGCAAAAGACGCAAAACUCGCCGCCGCAACUAGCGCUUGUCGUGCGGCCGAAGUUGAAGUGGAAGAUCUCAAGUCCUCGCUCAAAGACACGCGCCGAAACCUUGAGACAUGGAAAUCCAAAUCAGGACAGUCCGAGCAAUACGAGAUAUUGAGGCAGUUUGCAUACUGCAAUAUCUGCAAGCGGAAUCUGAAAAACACCGUCAUCAAGACGUGCGGGCAUACAUUCUGCAACGACUGUGUUGCUGAACGGCUGACGUUGAGGGCGAGGAAGUGCCCAAAUUGCGGGAAGGCAUUUGGCGCGAACGAUCAUAUGCGAAUCACACUUUGA